GGCAUUUUGCAUUUCGUGGAAAUUCUUUGAUACUGUCAUUGUCAUGGGACAGAAGACUUCAAGCCUCGAGUCGUCUUUUGUUCCUAGCUACACAAUGGGAGAGAAAUAUCUUCCUCUACUUAACAGAACACUCCGACUGGGUCGUCUUCUGUUCCUAGCCACACAAUCGAGAGAAUAUAUUCCUCUUUCACAUGUCGUGUAUAUACCAAUGAAGUCAUAUUAGUAUAUACAGCUGGAUAUGAUCAACUAGUUGAUGUCGAUCCCUUCCCCUCCUUAGUACUCUUAACAGAACAAACCAGGAUAUCAAGUCCCUAGUGCAUCUGUGAAGCUUUCAUGGGGAACCCUGGUGCAUUUCAUCAUUCUAUUACCCUACAAUCCUUCACUGUCUUCUCCCUUGUUGCUGUUUUUGUAGCAGAUUAUCAUGUCCAGGGAGGAGGUGAUGGAUGCCCACUGUUUUCCUGUGGACAUCUCCGAGACAUAUCAUAUCCUUUCCGUCGGCGAGGUGAUCCUCGUGAGUGUGGUGUUGAAGAAUACGAGCUGGGUUGCACCAGUAGCAAGGCUACAAUUCACAUCAACACGGGAACAUACUAUGUGACUGCCAUCAACUACGCUGGUUCCUACUUCUGGGUCAUGGAUACCAACUUCAAUACCAGUAGCAGCUGCCCUCUUCCACUGUGGAAUCACAUUCCUUACUUUGGAUAUUACGGCGACACUGAUUCAGUUUCACCACCUGGCUUUCGUUAUUUGCUCACUCAAAGUUCAAUACCAGAAGCAUGUUUUUGUAAUUGUUCACGAGCAGUAACAGAUAAUAGUAGAUACAAGCCCGUUGCUUGCCUGAGUGCCAACAAUUCAUAUGUUUAUGUCUGGGUGUCUGGUUCAUGUGUGGUUGCACUUCUUGAACCUUAUUGUGGAUACCUGGCCAAGAUUCCAUUUGGUAACGAGUAUCCUUCUGAUUGGGGACAGCUACAGAAUGCAAGUAAUUAUGCAGAUAUCACACAACACAUUUCUAAGGGGUUUACUGUCCAGUUUCCUGUCCCGGUUUACUCGGAACCUUCUGCAUCUGAGUUGUUAAGAAAGAACAUCAAUUUAUGCCUCAACAAUUCAAUCAGCUACUUCAAGGAGCAAAUAUCUGGCACAAGCAUUAUUAAUUGGACUCAUGCUAUUUUCUGGAGUGAGGUGCACUUCUUAGAAUGCGUGACUCAGGACGUACUGUGCAGGUUCUUGUUGGCACCCCUGGCUGUAUGGAUAUUCCUAGCCUACAAGUACAUGAAAACAAGGAUCAUAAUUGAUGCAGUUGAGAAGUUCCUCAGGAUUCAACAAAUGAUUGGCCCGGCGAGGUACUCCUACACAGAUAUAGUUGCAGUCACAAGCCAUUUCAGAGAUAAAUUGGGCCAAGGGGGCUAUGGUACCGUGUACAAGGGCGUGCUACUCCCAGGCGAUGUCCAUGUCGCCGUGAAGAUGCUAGAGGGCAACUCCAACUGCAAUGGUGAAGAUUUCAUCAGCGAGGUCUCCACCAUCGGCAGGAUCCACCAUGUCAACGUGGUGCGUUUAGUGGGGUUCUGCUCGGAGGAAAUGCGAAGGGCCUUACUCUACGAGUACAUGCCCAAUGGUUCUCUGGACAAGUACAUCUUCUCUACCGAGAAGAGCUUCUCAUGGGACAAGCUCAACGAGAUCGCUCUAGGCAUUGCCAGGGGGAUCAACUACCUACACCAGGGGUGCGACAUGCAGAUUCUACACUUUGAUAUCAAGCCGCACAACAUCCUUCUCGACAGCAAUUUCGUCCCGAAGGUCGCCGAUUUCGGACUCGCCAAACUGUACCCGAGGGGCGACAGUUUCGUGCCUUUGAGCGCCAUGCGGGGAACCGUCGGCUACAUAGCCCCUGAGAUGAUAUCCCGGAGCUUCGGCGUCAUAUCCAGCAAGUCUGAUGUGUACAGCUUCGGGAUGUUGCUGCUGGAGAUGGCCGGCGGGAGAAGGAAUGCUGAUCCAAACAUGGGGUCCUCAAGCCAGGCGUACUACCCUUCAUGGGUGUACGACCGGCUGACUCAGGAAGAAGCGGGCGAGAUAUCUGAUGUUGUUGUUGACAUGCAUGAGCUAGAGAAGAAGCUAUGCGUUGUCGGAUUGUGGUGUAUUCAGAUGAGAUCUCGUGAUCGGCCGACGAUGAGUGAGGUCAUUGAGAUCCUGGAGGCUGGGGUUGAUGGCCUACAGAUGCCUUCGAGGCCGUUUUUCUGCGACGAAGGGCACAUCCAUGUCGAGGACUCUUACCAGUUCACUUCCGAGCUGUCGGCUGUCUCGGAGGAGGAAUUGAGUGUGGUGUCAGAGGAAGACGAUGUGUGAGGUAUAUAUACAAUGUGUGGUACUAUAAUUUAUGCAUGUAUAUGUAUGUAUCAUGGAGUAAUGCACUGUAAAAGUUACGGUUGUAACAGUACCAACCCAGUAGAAAGGCUUUGUACAAACUGCCUUGGUUGCUGUGCGGAGCAACUUUAAAUAAGUUUGAAAUGUUACAUCAGUUUAUUUGUUUG